AUGGAUGGCAUAGAAAGUUUUAUUAAAGUUGCCGAAGCUAAUAGAUUGAAUGUUGGAAGUCAAAAGAUUUGGUGUCCUUGUAUGAUUUGUAAAAAUUUCCAACAAUAUGAUGAUGUCAAAGAUAUAGAGGUUCAUUUGAUGAAAGAUGGUUUUAUGCCUAAAUACACUUGUUGGUCAAUGCAUGGGGAAUCACGCGUUGAACAUGGCACGUCGUCAAUUAGUUUAGACAAUCACGACAAUGACAAUUUAAAUGUCCCUAAUGACAAUUUAAGUGAAAUGCUUAAUGAUUUAGAGACUAAUGUUGAUGAUAUCGAUCAAGAAAAGUUAAAGCAGCUAAUUGAUGAUUCAGAAAAACCAUUAUAUACCGGUUCUGAGAUUAGUAAAGUAGAUGUUGUGUUGAAGUUGUUUAACUUAAAGUCAAAACAUGGAUGGAGUGAUAAAAGUUUCACAGAUCUAUUAGUGCUUUUACAUGACAUUCUUCCGAAAGAUGAAGUUAACGAUGAUGUGACAAAAAAUGGACCACCAGCUAAAUUGUUGUGGUACCUCCCAAUUAUACCUAGGCUGAAACGGUUAUUUUCAGAUGAGAAAGAAGCAAAGUUAUUGCGUUGGCAUUCAGAUAGUCGUGUAAAGGAUGGAAAAUUAAGACAUGUAGCGGAUUCACCCCAAUGGAGAAAUAUUGAUAACAUGUUUUCUGAGUUUGGUAACGAGAUAAGAAACAUACGGUUUGGACAUAGUUCAGACGGGUUCAACCCUUUUGGAAACAUGAGUAGUCGUCAUAGUCCGAAACAACCUGGUAAUAACAUUGAUGUUUAUUUGUCUCCUUUAAUUGAUGACUUAAAAACUCUAUGGAAUACAGAUGUAGAAGUAUAUGAUGCUUAUAAGAAGGAAUAUUUUAAAUUGCGGGCCAUGAUUUUUUGCACCAUAAGUGAUUUUCCAGCAUAUGGUAAUUUGUCAGGAUACAAGACGAAAGGUAAGUCAGCUUGUCCUGUUUGUGAAGAUGAUACAAGUUCUAUGUGGUUAAAUAAUUGCAAAAAAACUGUAUACAUGGGACAUCGAAGAUUCCUUCCCCAAGGUCAUAAUUAUCGAAAUAAAAAAGAGGAGUUUGACGGAACUGUUGAGGACUGUUCAGUGAGGAAAAGAUUUAAUGCAUUUUCACGAGUUGAAAAACUAAAUGUUGUGUUGGGAAAAAGAAAUCGGGUUGAGAAAGAAGCCAUUUGGAAAAAAAAGUCAAUCUUUUGGGAUUUGCCUUACUGGAAGAAUUUACAAGUUCGACAUUGUCUAGAUGUAAUGUAUGUGAGAGCUUGA